AUGGCUCCAACAGUACUUCACCUUCGUGCCGAAGACAAGCCCCUCGAGCAUAGAUCAGCUCUUACCCCUUCCACAACCAAGGCUCUCAUCGCGGCCGGCUACAAAGUCAAUGUUGAGCGUUCUCCUACAUCUGCCAUUCGCAAGCGAAUUUUCGAUGACUCCGAGUUUGAGAAAGCCGGUGCUACCCUUGUUCCGGAAGGUAGCUGGGUUGAUAUCCCCUCCGACCACCUUGUCAUUGGGUUGAAAGAGCUUGAUGAGACCAAGGAUUUCCCUCUCAAGCAUUCGCACGUUACCUUUGCACAUUGUUUCAAGAACCAGGGCGGUUGGGAGAAGGCCCUUGGACGAUGGAGCAGGGGUGGCGGCUACCAUGCCGGAUUUGCUGGAGCUGCUCUCGCUAUUAAGACUUGGGCCUGGCAGCUAGAGCAUCCCGAUGGUACUCCACUCCCAGGAGUUGAUGAAUUUACUGAUGGAAGAGGUUACUAUUCCAGCGAAGAGGAGAUGCUGGAGCAGAUUCGCGGUGAUGUUGUCAGGGGUGAGAAAAUUGCUGGACGACGACCUCAGAUCCUAGUCAUUGGUGCACUUGGACGCUGUGGAAGGGGUGCCGUUGAUGCUUGCGUCAAGUCUGGAUGCGAAGAUAUUCUUCGAUGGGACAUGGCCGAGACUGCAAAGGGUGGGCCCUUUACAGAGAUUGUCGAAGCUGACAUCUUCAUCAACUGCAUUUAUCUCAGUGAGAAGAUUGCACCGUUUGUUGAUAUGAACAGUUUGAAAGCCCCAAACCGCAGACUCUCCGUUGUCUGCGAUGUUUUCUUACAAUUUUCAACCGCGCAGAGCUGCGAUACCUCGAACCCAAACAACCCAAUUACAUUCGAUAAGCCCACUAUCCCCGUUAGCGUCUCUAAUCCACCUCUCAGCGUGAUCUCGAUCGACCACCUACCCAGUCUUCUUCCAGCCGAAUCUUCUGAUGCAUUCUCCAACGAUCUGCUUCCUUCCAUGCUUGAAAUCCAAAACCGAGCUUCUCAUCCUGUUUGGCAGCGUGCGGAGAAGCUUUUCAGGCAGAAGGUUGCUACUCUUCCUGCCGAGCAACAGAAGGUUGAGCAGUAA